AUGCUCUCGGAGCUCAGUCCUGUGCCACAGAGGUCCCGCCCGCGUCCCCAGCAGCAGGAGGCGAAGGAGGAGGAGUUGUCCUACCCGGAGUGGAUUAGCCGGAGUUACGUGGAGCUCAUGAGUCUGGACGAGCACUCGAUGCAGGCGCUGUCCUGGAGGAAGCUCUACCUGAGCCGGGCCAAACUCAAAGCCUCCAGCCGCACCUCGGCGCUGCUCUCCGGAUUCGCCAUGGUUGCAAUGGUAGAAGUCCAACUAGAUGCAAGCCAUGAGUACCCAGCUGGCCUCCUGAUUGCUUUCAGUGCCUGUACUACUGUCCUGGUUGCUGUACAUUUAUUUGCACUGAUGAUCAGCACCUGCAUCCUGCCCAACAUUGAAGCAGUGAGCAAUGUCCAUAAUCUCAACUCUGUCAAAGAGUCCCCUCAUGAAAAGAUGCAUCGUCACAUUGAACUAGCAUGGGCUUUUUCCACUGUCAUUGGGACGCUUCUGUUCCUGGCUGAAGUUGUGCUGCUUUGUUGGGUGAAAUUUCUGCCAGUGAACAAUCCAAAGACCUCAGUGAAUGAUACUUCCAUUAGUCCUGGAAAAGAAGCGGCCAUCGCCUCCACAUGUAUAAUGGUGCCAUUUGGAAUAAUCUUCAUAGUAUUUGCUGUUCAUUUCUACAGGUCACUGGUCAGUCACAAAACAGAUCGACAGUUCCAGGAGUUGAAUGAACUUGCUGAGCUGGCUCAACUUCAGGACCAAUUGGACCACAGAGUGGAUUCCGUCCAAUCGCCUGGUCAUUAUGCAUGAAUAUAAAUCCCAUUAAAAGGUUAAACUUUACUGUCUUAUGCUGUUUGGAUACAAAUGUGAGAAGUGGGUUAAGUUGUUACUCAGGAAUGGGUAAUACCUUAUAAGAAGAAUUUACUUUGUAGUAAAGUGGGAGGCAGAAGCUUAUUUUAGAGCUUAUUCAGAUCUCUAUGGCCAUGCACCAAUGUGAUCUAUAUUAAGCUCAGUGUGCCUAAGACCUGGUUGUCUGAGUAGAUUAUUGACUAUGCAAGCCUUUAUACGGUCUGUGUGCCAAAGUUUUCUGCCCACAAGCAAGCUGCUUAGGAAAUCUAGAAAAAAUUAUAUAUAUAUCUUGCCACUUAAAAAAUCGUGCAGCGAGCAGCACCCUGCUAGCACAGCCUAGCGUGAAGAUGACAAUGCUGUUUUUUACUAUAGAUAGAGAUAUAGAUAUAUAUAUAUAUAUAUAUAUAUAUAUAUAUAGAUAUAUAUAUAUAUAGAUAUAUAUAUAAAAUAUGUUUUUUUUCCUUUUAUUUUUUCCUUUUUGGAUAAUAGCUGUGGACCAGUCCCAAGUUAGACCUCAUCAGAAUGGAAGUGAAACUUUCUCACGAUUAUGUCACAUUGCAGCAUGCAUGAUGUUUUUUCCUUUGUUCCCUCACCCAUGUAUGUGAUUGUUUUAGAGAAAACUGCUGCCUUGCUCCUUUGGAGUAACCUGUGGUAGACUGCUUUGCUUGUCACUGUCACUGUAAACCCUGUGGGUGUCACUGUAAUCUGUCAGGUGCAUGCAAGUGAGCUGAGGGGAAUGUGUUAUAAUGCAUGCCACAAUAUCCUUCAUGUGUGAGCAAUUGGAUUGCUUUGAAUGCAAAAUAUACUGUAGUGUGUGUGUGUGUGUGUGUAUGUAUGUAUGCGUGUGUGAUAUAUAUGUAUAAACACACACAAAGACUUGAAAUAGUUGAUCCCAGUCAACAUAAUUUUUUACAGCAUUUGCUGACAUGUCAGAUCUUUUCAGUGAGUUUAUCAUUUCUCUCAAAGUGCCUCCAGUGCAUCAUGUGAGAUGCAUUAUACGUGUCUGACUGGUUACUUUUUCUGUGUACCAGUAUGGACUUGCAUUACUGCACCUUUUACCCUCUUCACUGUCGCAGGACCCAGCUGCACUGAAUGAAUUGGGCCUACUGGUUGAAGCAUCAAUAUUAAUUUGCUCUUCUGCCUGCAAGAUAGCUGGAGCAGCCUACUCGUCUUUCAGAAAACUGUGUAUACGGAGACAAAUAUAAUGUCUCUGGUUUGUUGAUGCAACUGUUUUAAUAGUUUAAUAAUAAUGAAAAAAAUAGUUUAAUAAAGAAAAUAAAAAACAGGCCCAUUUAAUGGAAAACAUUGAAGCUGUGGUAAAAUCUUCUAUGCUACAGGUUCUAUUUGUUAUGGAGCAUAAAGGGAAGCUAUAGCACAAAUACAGACCUUUUAGACUGUUGUGGAAAAACUUUCCAAAUGUUAUCUUUACCUGUGCCUCGAACCUUUUCCUGUGUCAUACAGAACUGUUCCCCAUAGCUUCUGUCUGUGCUGUAUAUAAAUACUGAAACGUUAUAUAAAUCGCCUGGUCUGAGAUAUAGAGUAAGUAGUAAUUAUAAUGGGUAUAGAAACUGCAAGACGAAUAAAAUAGCACUGAACACCAGCAUCACACCCUUUCCUGCACACCUCUGUGGAGUGUGGGGGAAAACGUGCAAUGUCUGCAGCUGCAUGGUGCCAGCGUUCUCGCCAUUUCUUCUGGCACGUAGCUAUCUAUGCUAAUUGAAUUGCCUCCUAAAUGUCGGUAUUAAUGUCAGGCAGAUCAUGGAACAUUUAUGUAUUGCAGGUGGCCAUGUAGAAAACGAGGUAUUGUACAAAGCACAACAUGUUGGGUUUUUUUCUAGUCCAGUUUAGAAAAACAAAAAUGUCAUUGCUAUGUGCAACAUCGCCUUUCCUACUCCUGUUUAAUUCAGUACAAGUAAGCAAUUCUUCUUACCUGUAAUGUCCAGUGCAGCGUCAUUGUGCCUGAUUCAGAGAUGUAUGCAAAUUUGAUGGUCUACGCCAGAGGUUCCCAAACGCGGUCCUCAAGGCACCCCAACGGUCCUGGUUUUAAAUGUAUCCAUGCUUGGCCACAGGUGACUUAAUUAGCACCCCAGUCAAUUUGAUUUAACCAUCUGUGCUGAGCCAUGGAUAUACCUAAAACCUUGGCUGUUUGGGGUGCCUUGAGGACCACGUUUGGGAUCCCCUGGUCUACGCACAUCUCUGAUGGUUAUUAAUCUGCACAUGCGCAAGAUCAGCACUGCACAUGUGCAGAAUUGUGGAUCUGAUGACCUUCAGUGUCCCCUAACCUCUACAGUAUGAUUGACAUACUGUGUCCUUUUGGGGUAUGCCCUGUUUUGUAGGCGUGCUGAAGCCAGGGUCUGAAUCUUUUAACAGAGAUUUGCUGUCCUGGCCUCUGCUGCGUGAUUACACCGGACAGCCCAAGUAACCUGAUGGACACCGCAGUGGAUGAGAGAAGCCGCCAGGAGGCGAUUGCAUACACAAGACGCCUCCUACAGCAUAUCAUUGCACAACUGCUGUAUGACCUGUGUCUAUCUCUGAAUCAGCCCCAUUGUACGAGACUCAAUUGUGACCUCAUGAUGUAUUAAAGCAGGCUUUUAAGAGACGUACAGAUGUGUCCUCCUACAUCUUGCCUCAAUACACCACGCAGUGGGAGAUGCCUGGUGUGAGUGAGCUGAGGGCUCAUAUCAUUUCAAGCGGCAAAAGCUGCUUAUGCGUCCUAUUUGCAUCGUUUGGUGAAUAAGACACAUUUUAAUGGAAAAAGUUGCACAAAAAGAUGCUUGACGCUAGCUGUUUGACAUGCAGGAGGCUAGAUGUAAGUGGACACAUCUGUGCAGGGUCUGUUGCAAGUAUAACAAAUCUGUUUGCAAAUAUUAGUUAUGUUGGAAAGUGCAAAUUGCAGCAAAGUGUUCUUUUCAUUCUUAAGAAUAAGAAACCAAAUGUAACCGUACAAAAUCGCAACUGAAAAUGUAAUGGUGUAUAAAAGUGAUAUUUGUUUCCUAGUUUAAGAAAUGUAAAUGUUAGCCUUGACACUUUGCGUUCUUUAACUACAUAAAGCAAAUCAUUACAAAAUAUUUUUUUUUAAAUCCAUUUUCACAAAGGACUUGUUCACACGUGGGGUGUAAACACUUACCUGGCAUGGUCAGAUUUCAUGCAACUGCGUCAUCCCACCCUGUCCCCCUGUUUUUGACGAGGAGAUCCGUUCUGCAGAUGUGCAUAAUAUAAUGUUUAAAUAUUUUAAAAAAAUACUUUUUCAACUUUAUUAAAUAAAAUAAAUUUAAAACAAACAAUGUUGUUAACGCUUUUGAAGGGAAAAAUCAUCAGUUAAGUGGUUUUAAGAUUUAUUUAUUUUUUAAUACAUAUAUAGGUGCGUUCUUUGCUCCAUAUGAUGACAUAACCCUAUCAUUUUAUCUGGUUUUCAUGUAAGAAAGCUGCCUGAAAUCUGUAUGAAACAUUGUGAUUGAAGGCAGAAGGGCUUGUCUUUCCAAGGAAAGACACAGCGUGGAAUCGUAGACAUGUCGGCACUGAUGCAGAGUUGAAGUGAAAUCUGUUUGGGCAACAUAUAUUUUGCAUGUUGUAGCACUGCAUUUUUUCUGGAACCAAGCAUUGGUGAUGUAGAGUCCUACACAACUCUGUUCUACCUCCACUUGCUCCUGAAGGGGUGUAAACACAGUGAACGCCCCGUUCCCACACAAAGUUCAGUGAGGCGUGUAGAGGAAACUGCUGGGAAUGCACCAUCUUGUGUACAAUAUGCUGUUUUUCAAAGUGAUCUUUUGCAUCAGUGACAAAGCUGGUGCAAGUGCCCACUGAUAAUGAUGACUGCUAUAAAACCAAGCAUACAGGCUAAUGCACACAUUUAGUUACAUACACAGAGCCAGUGCGGCCGGACUUGCGUUCAACUCUGCACCAGCUUUUUGACUUUACAUUUAUGCAAAAAUUAUAAAUAAUUAGGAAACUAUUUGAAAAUGCACAAUCCUGUUAGAAAACUAAUCUUGGCUGCAGUUUCCUUUUAAUAUAUUGUAUCUCAAGGUCUUAUACAACUUCGAGGUAAUGUUUGUUUUUUAUCCUUAUAAGAUUUACAAUAUAUGAAAAAUGAAUCUUAAUGUGUGCGGUGCGUUAAUGCAGGAAGAUUACCAGCAAUACCACAUUCAUUUCCUGCUAUAUGUAUUCAGGAUGUUGUAAUAUUUGCCAAACAAUUGCUUAGAAAAUUUGAAGUAGGAAAAGGGAACGGGACGAAUGCUUUUCUAUUUACCCUUUAAUACACUUAUUUUGCCACAUUAUAUUGUAUAGUACAGAUUUAUUGGGCUAUCAUUCUGUCCUGGAACAGUGUUUAAGAUGAAUGCUUAAAGAUGCAAAGGUAAUUUUCUGUAAAAUUGAGCUCAAGCACUGUAAGAAAUAAAACUUUUGCAGAAUGUU